AUGCGCCGAAAACUCCGGCUGGAGGAGUCGCCGUUCGACGAUGCCGACGACAUGCCGGCGAUCUUCAAGAGCCGAGGCCAGCAGAACCACCGGAUCUACCAGAUGCAGACCCAGAUUCUAAAAAAUGCUAAGGCGGCGGCCGAACAGAAACAACAGGCUCACCAGGCCCAUAUCCUCAAACGCCAACAGAUUUGUGAUGAACUCAACGACAAUGGCAUCCCACAAUAUAAGAAGUUCACUAUUCAUGACAGUGAGGUCCAGGAUUACCAGGCAGGCGUCAAACCGAUGGAUCGUCACUACUACUAUUUCGCAGAACCAAAGAAAACAUUUAAUAUCCGCCGCCUCGACUCAAUUGACGAUAUCCUUCUUACCAACCAGUACCCAGCCAUGAAACGCUACAUGAAUAAACCCACAAGAUGGGGGGCCACCAUCUUCUUGAACUUUGAUCAGUAUUUUAAAGAUAUCGGGGCCAACCAGGUGAACCGGUUUAAGCUUGUCCACCACCACAACUCGAUCAAACUCGCUGUGCUUAAGCUCCACUGGCUUCUACGAGCGCUGUACCAGUUCCUGUGGAAUGAAGACAACGUCCACCGUGUGUUUGGCAUACUAGUACGAGCGAUGUGUGACUAUAACGUCCAGCGCUACGCUAGCGAGGAAAUAACUCAGGCCACCAUUGACCUCGUGACACGGUUAAACAACAACCACAUGUCGGCGGUAGUGGCGGCGAUCCUUGAGGCUGAGUGUGUACGCGACCACCACUUUAAUCUCAUCUACGUCACCGACUUGCUCAUGCUGGCGGGAAUGCCGGACUUAUUCCAGGAGUUGUUAAAGAGACUAGAGGCCGAAGACGUGCCCGAUCCGUCUCCCGAACCCCCCAGUGUCGUCAACGACAGUUUGGUGGAUGCCGACGAUACCGAUGCCGUCGAGUCCACCCCACUCGAAACCACCCCCGAACCCGAACUCACUCCCAGUUCAACCCAAUCUAAUACCCCCCUUACCACAUCUCCCAUUACUCCCGUGUCACGUGAACGUCACCGCAAGCCGCCCAAGCCUAAGCGGUACCCGCCGAUUGAUCAGCUCCAGUUGCGACCUAGUCACGCCGGAGUGCUUGGUGACAGCUCGUUGCAUGCGCUCGACCACAUUGCUCGGCUCCGGCUCCCGGACAGGGUGGCGGGGGCCGCUCUCUCGGUGCCCGCAUUGACCCCACUCAUCAGUCAUCAAUUGACCCCAACCGCCCAGACCGAGACCACCGCUCGUUUAAUCAAAAUACGUGACAUCUACGCCCGGUUCAAGAACCAGUUUGUCGACGCCAACCGCCGCGAGUACCCGCACCAGCGAUUGAUGGCGUGGGGGCUGGGGGUGGUGCUGUUCUGGAUCAUGGUGCUCGAAACGAAAAUUGGGUUGGUCAACGACGAUAUUUUCUACGGCGAUAAGCAGCGGAAGCGUCGUAAACUACACCGCUGA